CUCAGAAUUCGAACGCAGCAGGUUCAAAAACCGUAAAGGGCACUGCAAACCUUUUAAGACCUACAGCGAACGACGACACGCGAAAUUUAAAUCUGUUGGAAUAACACGUUCAACCACAAGUAAAGCGACCUUUAUUCCAGCAAUAUUUUGAAGAAGUCGUAGCAUUGUACAGAAUAUAGACCACAUCAUGCACGACCCGGUCAGUCGCAACGCGAGAGGAGAAAAUUUGAACUCGAAAAGACAUGCAAGGCAUUUUCCUGAUGGCGUGUCGUCAGAGCAAAGCAAGAACACAAAGAAGCGUCCGUUGGUGUUUAAAGAGAAUACGACGCCGCUUAAUCCGACCCUUUCUGACUUCAACCGCUAUUCGUUUCCAUUGUCGGCUUGCUCACCAAGUGGAAAGCCGAGCAGGACCUUUUCAGACGCUCUGAACGAGAGCAUCAACUUACAGAGGCAGGAAAAACGAGCCGUCUCGCUUAUGCCCGAGAUUUUACUACACUCUGCCGUUCUGGAUAACAACGUUGAGGACAUUUUAAAACUUGUCAAGGUUGAAGGUGUUGACGUGAACCGAGGCGCUCAGCUGGGACUAUUUUCGCUGCAUCACGCUGCGUUCUCGGGAAUGGAAGAAGUCACAGAGAUUUUGGUCGAAAACGGUGCGGAUUUGAACAUUACAACUCCCGAGGGAUUCACCGCACUCGAGGCAGCCGUUUGCGCAGGCAACUUCGAAUGCGCAGAAAUCCUGAUAAAAAACGGUGCGCCCGUUGACAGCAUCAAAGAUGGAUUUGUUGACCGAAGUUUUUGCAAUUUCGUCGGCGGUAAUUCGGUGUCAGCGUAAACAGGAUACACGGAGGUCCUUCGCUCACGGUGGUCAGAGCAAGCAUGUCGAAGCUUUGGGAAGAGUUUCGGCCGAACCCUCAGAGGUAGCAUAGUCAUACGCGCUAAAUUCUCCAGCAUAGUCACACGCGCUAAAUUCUCCGGUUCACCACCGACAAGUCCUAAUGCGAUAAUUGCGUCAUAAUUACCGCUAGAACUUUAAAAUGAAUACAAUUCCAUAUCUGCUUGUUUACGUUUCGAAGCGAGGCGAUUACUGUUAAAUUUGCGCCACCAGUAUAUAUGGAGAUGGCAUCUUGUUUAGUUAGAUCAUCUUGGAUUAUAUAAUCAUCUUGGAUUAUAUAAUCACUUAAAAAAGGAAGGAUUAGCAUUUAUAUUUAGGCCUUUUUUUUAACUUGAAAUUGUUUUCACGCAAAAACAUCUCAAGUAGCUGGCCUACACUCAUGGCCCUUCUGUAGCGAUUUUUCUCAUAAACAAAAUGAACUCGGUUUAAUUAAGUAGUUCUGGCUGUUUGGGGUGAUUCGUCGAAUUAUUUAAAAUUAUUGUUUGAAUUAUUCGUGAAAUUAUCUUAAUUUUUCGACCAACAUUUUAUUUAUCGUCUUGUUAUUUUUUUCAACCCAACGUGCCUAUUUGCAUGAGUUUAUUAUUAGCUGUUUAUUUGUUUUUUCAUGUUCAGGUGAUUAUAUAAUCCUCGAUGCAUUUAUCGUGCAAUGAUCCGGCCUUACUUGAAGAAUUAAAGGAUUAAUCUUGCACUAAUAACCAUAUAAAGAUUGUUUUCAAUCUCUUUCGGGAUGCAGCAUUACGUAACCCAAAAAUGAGGUCAAAGAGGGUGAGUCCGCUAUCGGAAAAUCUUAAAUCCGGACUGACUCUCGAUCUGAAGAAAAACUUUCGGGUUCACUUUAAAACUGCUUCGGUCUUUGUAAUGUUUUAAAGUGUGCAGCAUUGCUGAUUUCUGAAACAGGAUUAACUUGAUAUGAAGUCAUUAGUCCAUUGCGCAAAAUUUGAUUCUUCUUGUUCGCCCACUUAACGUAAACGCAGACAGACAACACUUUCAACAUCUGUGUCAUAUGAUACCAUACGCGUAUUUAGGUGAAAUUGUUUCUGUCUUCGGCAAUUGAGGUGAAAAUUGUAUGAAUUGUUAUCGCACAUACCAAUCAUUUAGAUUAAUUUAAACACCACUUAUAUCAUGACGUUGGCAGGGCUGAUAAGCGAGGACAGUGCGUUGUAUUAACUGAAUUUUGUUUGUUUUUUAAAUCCCAAAAUCGUUUGCGUGGUUCCUGCGAUUUCGGGUGGUAUUUACAACAGACAAUUUUCAAGCCAACUGGCUACACUUUAUGGCUUUUUUUUUCUUUAAAAGCGUUAUCUGCACCGACACAAAAAGACGCAUACGCGUCUGAAUUAGCUGAACAAUAAACCAUUUUGUGAUCGUAGACUGCUUGUCUAUAGCAUGGCUUUGUCUUUGUGAAAAGCUUUGUGCAAUAGGCCUAUUUCUAAGCGCAUGAACGAACCAUAUUUCGUUUCAUCCAUUAAAAGCUUCGUGGUUUUAUGCUUUUUAAUCAAGUUGUGAUCUUUCGCUGAGAUCUACUCUUGAUUUCAUUGCGAUUAAAACGAUAGUAUAGCACGCAAAGAUUUGCGGAUUUUCACGGUGUCUGACGAAUUGAAUUAUGCACCACCAAUCGCUUUUCACGCGCAUUCCAUGUUUUGGCAAAACUGUCCUUUCGCACACAGCCUUGCUAGACGGCAUGCGAUUAGCAUUGGACCUGUUAGAAAGUUGUUUUUAACGCGUUCACAACUGUGCAUCGCAAGUGGGGGUCCGUAAUUGCAGAGUUGAUUGAUGACGAACUUGUUGGAGAACGAUAAGACUGUUUUAUACGUAUAGACACUAAACCUUAUUCCCGCGAAUUUACAUUUGUAUUUGGGAUAUUAGAAUAAUCUAGAACAGUAUACGAACGUCAGACUCUGUUAUUGCCGAUUUGUAAGCAUUCUUUUGCUUGUCUGUCUAGCCGACGGUGAAAACACAUGUAUACACUCAGUUCGACGACUGCAAACUGAGAUUUAUUUAAACGAUAGAACUGUUGGAAAGAUUUGUACAUAGUGGUAAAAGAUGUUAUUUAUAAUUAUUAAAGCUUGUUAUUGUA